ACAGCAAGAAAUUAGUAAGUUUUUAGUGUUGGUUUUUUUUUUUUAGCUAGUGCUUUAAAACCACUACACCUGGAAUUCUUCUGGGGUUUGUGAAAAACUGGAAAUUGGAGGAUUAACAGCUAGGUGUGAAAACACCAUUGGUACUACAGAGACUUGCUUGGAGUUUGUUAAUCUUUUAUUCCAUUGCAGUGAUAUGUGGAAAAAUUCAUAAAUCAUGCUCUUACAGCCACAAAAUGUCUGUGUUUAAAAUUUGUGGGUAAAGGUAAUCUGAGGUCAGAAGAAUCCUGGGAUUGUUACCAGACUUUAAAAACUGUAUAUGAAAUGCAAUAAAAAAGAUGAUGGAUUCAAUAACAGUUGCUCUUCAGUUUUUCUUCUGCCCUACAUUCUUUUUCUCUAUCAAAAGUUCUGUUUUUAUUUAUGCAUAGUUUCUUAUAAAUGUUCUUGAAGGAGAAGUGGAAAUCCUUACAUGUUUUCUUUACAGGGCCUUCUGUCUUUACUGCCUCAGGUCAGUGUUGUAUUUGAAGUGAAAUCAAAGUAGUUAAUCACUUCUUAGAACAUGAUUUUUUAUAUUUUUAUUUGGUUUUUAUAUUUUUUAGAGCCUCUCCUUUUUAGCAUGCCGUUCCAAAAUUGCUUUAAUUCCUGUUGAACUCCUCUGAACUUGUUCCAGUUUGUGUUUUUAAAAUACAGUGCUGAAUAUACUUUCCUUGGUUGAGACAUAACCAGUUCUGAGAUGAUGGGAAUAAUGUCUCAUGCACUGUGGAGAAAAUCUGCUUUGAAGGAGCUUUGUGUAGAGCCUGUAGGACUUGUUGAUGUGAUACAGAGCGUGUAGAUAAAAUAUCUGUUUGCCUUUCUAAAGGCUCACUUUCUCCAACUGACUGCGUUGCCUGCUACCUGAACACUGUGUUCUGCAGUGAUUGUGUCAAUCACCAGUCUAAUUUGGGUGAUUUUCCCAGAAUCUGGCAUGAAUACAGUGACAUUCUCCAUUUGUGCUGUAUCUAUCUGCAGUCUUGUGCUGUCCACACAAUCUCCAUCCAUCAUUUGUGCACAGAUGUGCUGUAUUCUUGAGCUAUGUAUUAAAGCUCUGAAUGUUGAUAGAGUGCAUGAAUGCUUGACCUAUUAACCUUACAACUGAUGGAAAAAAUAUCCAACUAUCUUCUUUUUCUCUUGGAAAAUGAACCAGCAGAAAACCCAGCUGACACAACACCAACAAAACGCCUCGUAGUCCCUAAAAAGAUACUUAGUUUUUAUACCACAUGAGACUGUUGAACAAUACUUCAAUUUAAACAACUAUUUCUACUUACACUGUGAUAGUGAUGAUUUAUCAUUGAAUCACAGAAUGGUGUGGGUUGGAAGGGACUUGAAGAACACCCAGUCCAAGGGAAGGGACAACCUCCCACCAGACCAGGCUGCUCCAAGCCCCAUCCAGCCUGGCCUUGGACACUUUCAGGGACAGGGCAGCCACAGCUGUUUUGGGCAACCUGUGCCAGGGCCUCACUACCCUCACAGGGAAGAACUUCCUAACAUCCAGUCUCAACCUACUCUCUUGUGAACAGUCCCUUUCCAUCAUUUCUGCAUUAAUGAAAGUUUAUCCAGCCUAUAAACUGUUUUAACUGAAGUCAAUUAGCUCUAUCAACAUUUUAACAUCUUAUGAAGACCAUAAAGGUUUCUGGAUCAUCCUUAAUUUACAUCUCACGAUUAUAGACCCUGCUAAAAGAUGGAUGAUGAUGACUUUGGAGGAUUUGAGGCAGCAGAGAGUUACGAGUUUGGAAACGGUGAAAAGCAGACCACAUCACCUGCUAUUGCUUGGGCAGCAUUUCCAACAGAUUCAAGCAGAUAUUCCAGUUGCCUCUUCAAAUGUAAUUGAAGACAAGACUUUAGCUGAUGUUGAGAUAAAGAGAACAAAUGAACCUAAGAGCUGCCUUCAACAAGCGGUUGCAAACCUCGAAAUCAAGCUUUGCAGUGCUGAGGAAGAAAAACUAAAAAUCAAACAGGAAUUGGAAUAUUUGCUGGAAAAACAUAGUGUGCUAGAAAUGGAUUUCUUGAAGGAAAAAAAAGAAAAUGUGCUUGCACAUCAAGAUCAUUACAAGACACUCCAGGAAAAGCAUAAGCAGGAAUUAGAAGACAUGAGAAAAGCUGGACAUGAAGCCCUAACUAUUAUUGUUGAAGAAUUCAAGGCACUGCUAGAAUCUACAGUUCAGCAGCAAGAAGCAGCUCUUGAAAAGCAGUAUAUAUUAACCAUUGAAAAGCAUUCUCGCAAAUGUGAAGACCUCCUUGAUGCUCAGCAUCAGCGACUUCUUGACAUUUUGGAAGCAGAAAAGGAAGUGUUAUCACAAAAGAUAGAAGAAGCUAUGAUGCAGCAGUCGCAAAAGCACAAGGAAGUGCUGGACAAAUGUUUGGAUGAAGAAAGACGGAGAAGCAAGGAGGCUCUGGCAGCUGCUGCAAAGGCUGAAAAUGAAGUAGUGCAGGAAGCUGUUCUGAAAGCAGUAAAGGAGGAGAGGAGAAAUAUGGAGAAGAUGCAUGCAGAAGAAAGAAAACUGUGGGAAGCAGAACGUGAUAGUCAUAGAGAGAAGAUUGCCCAGGCUGUUUCAGAAGCCAUGGAAGAGCAAAGAAAGCAGAAUCGGGAAAUUGUCAAGAAAGCGUUAAUGGAGGAGCAGAAACGAGGUGAAAAGGCAAUUGAAGAAGCAGUAAAAAGAACAAGAGAAGAACUGAUGGAAUAUAUUAAAGAGCAGAAGAGGCUUGAUGAAGUUGUCCGUCAGAGAAAUCUGCAUAGUUUGGAACUUUUCCUUUCAUGCGCACAGAAACAGUUAAACGUUUUAUUAAAGGAAGAGUCAACCCCAGAGGAAAACAGAGACUGACAUUCUCAGUGCUGAUGAUACAGUGUGUCUUGUGAAGCUGCAAAUCUCCAUCUAGCAAAUGAUGAAUAUAUUCCAAUCUUUUUGGAUUGUAUCAUUGAGUCAAGAUUGAUCUGAAAUGCUUGAUAGAAAUGUUUGUGGAUGAUGUUCUUCUAUUUAUUUAUUUAUUUCACUACUAUAAUCAGAUAGCAAAUAUGAGAAGGAAAAAAAUCCUUGGAAAAUAAUUUGUUUUAUUUAGGAUUUUUAGGAUUUUGCUGUCAUUAUAUUUUCCAGUAGCCCAUGGUAGAAAUUCUAGAUAACUGCAGCAAUGACGAAAACAUUUCUCUGUUGUGUCUUAAAUUUGUUAACAUGAUUCACCAUUAUUUUUGAUAUUUCAAAACAUGGAGACAAACAUUUAGUUGAUUAUAGGUACAAGUCCAUCUCUAUUUCCAAAGUAGUAUUCCAAGUCCAUUGCCUCAGGAGAGCCUGAGUAGCUUAUUAUUUCUUACUGCUUUGAUGUAUAACAAUAGAAUCAGUACUGAAACAUAAGUGUGUUGUCAGGCAUUUCUUAAGUCAUGUAUAAAAAAAUCCAGCUCUAGGAACAUGAAAAUUUAAAAACAAAACAUUUUAAAUUUAAAAAUAAAAAAGUGCAUCUCUUUAGGGUAGCACAAAAUAUUGCCAUGACCAAAGUAUAGUAUGUUUUUUAUUUCUUUCUUUUAUUUUACAGAGCUAAUGCAAUUCCAAAGUAAUUUUCUCAUGAAAUUAUGAUUAAUGUGACUGACCUCAGUUUCAGGAAGAAGAUGUAUGUAAUUAUGUGGAGACUGAUACUGCACUGCCUCAGUGGAGUUUCUGACAGAAUAAGGAGUAGCUUGCUGACCUCACAUGCCCUUUCUAAGUGUAUUGGAUGAAGCAGAAAAAAUCCCCACCAAUAUUAUUGGACUUUGGGUCACUCAUAGGUCUUUCUAGUCUUGCUAACAGCAGAUGGAGUGGAAUUUCUGUGCCUACGCUCUAUGGAUUGUAGAAUUGGGGUCUUAGUCAUAGAAGAGCUCUGAAUGAAAUAAGGGAAAAUAAGUGUUCAUGCUCACAUAUGUAAAUAAACUAAGAAUGAUCUCUCUUGUGGUGAGGUUAUGGGCAUUUUUUAAGUGUGGUUCCUGUUAUUCUGAGGUGUUUUGGGGUUUUUUUUGUUUAGCAGAUUUUUUUUAUCAGCACUUUUCAUAAAUUUCUUUCUUACAAUAACAAGGAACACCAGAUGGUUGCAUAUGUAUUUGGUAGUAUGAAAUAUGUAUUGCAGAUAGUUAAAGUUUUUUAUUUAAAUCAUUUUCUGUGCUUCAUUUUUGUAAUCAAACCCAAAGGUUUUGUCUUUUGUAUACACAAGGGUUCACUGAAGAAGUAAACAGUGCUGGUUUUACUAGAUAUUGGCCUUACCCUGCAAAUGGAUUAAAAUCCAGUCUUCUAUUUUAUACUUGAUUGACUGAUCAAUUUCCAUUUUUUCUGGCAGACAAGAAAAAUCUUUAGUGUUAACGAGUUGUUGCCUACUCAUUUUCUGUUCCUAAAUCAGUGAAAUUUUGUCUCUGUAACUGCACCAAUGAUGACACAGGUGCCCCCAUGGCGUAUUUUUGGAUGUUGAGAUACUGUAAAAGGAGAUUGAUUGCAUAGUGCUUUCUCACAAUGUGUACAUUUAAUUGUGGAAAUCUGGUAUGAGCCGAUUUCUCAAUGAACUUGUUGGUUUUGUUCUAGACCUGUACAUGAAACUAUAUUCCUUUUUUAACUAAAGACAUCCAAGUGUUCCCCUUCAAAGCCAGAGCCUUAGAUGUCUGUCAGCCUUCUCCUAAUAAAGAGAUCUGUAUUCUGACUUGCAACACUAUUAAAAGCACUUUUAGGAGAAGUUUAUGAUUGGAGUCAGAAAGAUUUCACUGGCAACUGUGUUGUAUCUUUCCUAUUAGAUCAAAUGUUAUUCAGUUCAGCUCUUGAAUAUUGUGAUAAGUCACAAAGAAAGAACUGUAUGUAUUUUUUUCUUA